AUGAAUAUUUCAACAUCAACAUUCCAAACCAGUAGACGUAGGUUAAAGAAAGUGGAAGAAGAAGAAAAUGCUGCAACUUUGCAAUUAGGACAUGAAUUUCAAUUGAAACAAAUUAAUCAUCAAGGUGAAGAAGAAGAACUUAUCGCUUUGAACCUGAGUGAAGCUAGAUUAAUCAUAAAAGAAGCUCUUGUAGAACGUCGUAAAGCAUUUAGAAAAGCUCAAGGUACUAAAAUUGAAGGUGGUUCUGAUGAAACAAAGGACGAAGAUGAAGAUGAUAAUGCCGAAUUUAUGAGAAAUGAAACUCGUGAGAAUGAAUUACAAUCCAUUGGAACUUUAUUAGAACAAACUACCGGUGGUAAUAACAAAGAUCUGAAGAAUACUAUGGAAUAUCUUACGAAUUUUUCUAGAUUUAGGGACCAAGAAACUGUUGGUGCCGUGAUUCAAUUACUAAGGAGUACAAAUUUACAUCCAUUUGAAAUUGCACAAUUGGGAUCUCUAGCGUGUGAUACUGCAGAUGAAGCAAAGACUUUGAUACCCAGUCUAACUAAUAAGAUUUCAGAUGAUGAAUUGGAAAGGACGUUGAAGGAAUUGUCUAACCUGGAGACUUUGUAUUAG